CUGGCCGCUCGCGCUUUUCUCUCCUUCUCCAAGAUGGCGGCGAUCGGCGGCGCUGAGGCGGGAUCCGGGCGAGCCGAGUGAAGAUUGCUUUGAUGGUGAUCACAGCUCUGAGGACACAGGACUAGCCGCUGGCCGAAGCCAACGAGAAAAGAAACGUUCUUACAAAGAUUUUUUAAGGGAAGAGGAAGAAAUCGCUGCUCAGGUCAGAAAUUCUUCCAAGAAGAAGUUAAAGGAUAGUGAGCUUUAUUUCUUGGGGACGGACACGCACAAGAAGAAGAGGAAGCACUCCUCUGAUGAUUACUACUAUGGAGGACAGUGGUUCUUGUUCUGAGUGCCGAUAAACCAGUGUGAAGGAGGAGAGAGGUGGAGGGCUGGUAUUUUGGAGGAUUCAGCAUAGAAGAACAGUCUUCAUUUGUGAUACACCAGACCUUUCGUCUUUGGAGUCGUCACAGAAGAAAAAGAAAAAGUCCAGCCCGCAGUCUGCCGAUACAGCCAUGGACCUGUUGAAAGCCAUCACUUCCCCGCUGGCAACAGGCUCCAAGCCCUCCAAAAAGACGGGGGAGAAAUCCUCUACUUCUUCAAGUCAUUCAGAGAGUAAAAAGGAACACCACAGGAAGAAAGUAAGUGGAAGCAGUGGGGAGCUGUCCCUGGAGGAUGGUGGUUCCCACAAAUCCAAAAAAAUGAAACCGCUCUAUGUGAACACAGAGACACUGACCCUUCGAGAGCCCGAUGGCUUGAAGAUGAAACUGAUUCUUUCACCAAAGGAGAAGGGAAGCAGCUCAGUUGAUGAGGAGCCUUUUCAGUACCCCUCUCAACAAGCGACUGUGAAAAAAUCCUCUAAGAAAUCAGCUCGGGAUGAGCAAGGUGCUUUACUCCUAGGACACGAGUUACAGAGCUUUCUGAAAACAGCCCGGAAGAAGCACAAGUCCUCCUCAGACCCGCGUUCCUCUCCCGGCCCCGAAGGCUGUGGGGCGGAUGGCUCCCAGUUCCCAGAAUCCCACAGUGCUAACCUUGAUCUUUCAGGACUGGAACCUAUUCUAGUAGAAUCGGACUCGUCCUCUGGUGGGGAGCUAGAGGCUGGGGAGUUAGUCAUCGACGACUCUUACCGGGAAAUCAAGAAGAAAAAGAAGUCCAAGAAGAGCAAAAAGAAGAAGGACAAGGAGAAGCAUAAAGAGAGGCGGCACUCCAAGUCCAAGAGAAGUUCAGGCCUUGCAGCGGCCACCGUGGGAGAGGUCGCAGUGGCGCCCGGCCCUCCUCCCAGCAUCCCCCACCCUGGAGCCGCUGCCCCUCCCCAACCACUGCCCAGCCUCCACACAGACGGGCAUGGUGAGAAAAAAAAGAAAAAAGAGGAAAAAGACAGAGAAAGAGACAGAGGAGAAAAGUCAUUGCGGGAGACGUUCCAGAGAGCCAUGGAAAUGCGAGACCUGGAACUCACUGGAGCAGUUGAAGCUGGGCCAAAAAAGAAGAACAUGUCAGCCUACCAAGUGUUCUGUAAAGAAUAUCGCGUAACCAUCGUGGCUGACCAUCCAGGUAUAGAUUUUGGGGAACUUAGUAAAAAACUGGCUGAGGUGUGGAAGCAAUUGCCAGAAAAGGACAAACUGAUUUGGAAGCAAAAAGCUCAGUAUCUGCAACACAAACAGAACAAAGCAGAAGCUACAACUGUGAAAAGAAAAGCAUCCUGCUCAGAAGUUCCCGUGAAAGUGAAAGCUUCCUCUGCAGGAGUACUGUCACCCCAAAAGAAAUCCCCGCCUACCACCAUGCUGUUGCCAGCCUCUCCAGCCAAAGCCCCUGAGACAGAGCCCAUUGAUGUCGCUGCUCAUCUGCAGCUGCUGGGGGAGUCCCUAAGCCUCAUCGGACACCGCCUGCAGGAAACCGAGGGCAUGGUGGCCGUGUCCGGCAGUUUGUCAGUGCUUCUGGAUUCCAUCAUCUGCGCGCUUGGCCCCUUGGCGUGUCUGACCACACAACUACCUGAACUGAACGGCUGUCCCAAACAGGUCUUGUCAAACACACUAGACAACAUUGCUUACAUCAUGCCUGGACUGUGACAGCGUGGAGUCCCGGGACAGAGACCUUAUCCUCCCCCAUUGCUGGUUUGUGUAUAUAGGACUGUUCCAGAUCCCUUCACUGGCCUCCGGGUGUAGGUUUUAAAUUUUUAUAUAUAUACAUAUAUAUGUAUGUAUAUGUAUAUAUAUAUAUAUAAUGUACAAUAUAUACAUAGGACUGUAACUACUUUGCUUUUAAUAAUUUUAUGAAAUGGCAAAGGUUUAGCCAAGAAGAAACCUUGGCAAGAAUAUGGGCUUGGGAUUCUUAUUUCUCCUGUGGUGGAUAAAUCUGCCUUAAAAAUCAGUGUAACUUGGGGGCUGGGGGCUUGUUCUGGGUGCCAAGGGCAUCUCUUUAUGGACAGCUAAAAUGUGAUUUUUUUCCAAACUCAGUUGUACCUCCAGACCCAUCACUGACCAUUUGCCUUACCUGUCUUACAGUCGGAAAUGUAAUAGGAAAGAUUAUGGGAAGAUGCCAGGUGACUAAACAUACAAAGCCUUUCAAUUUGAAGUGACCUAGGUAGGAAGUGAUGAAAUCAUUCCCAUCUUACAGUUACUGCAGUGGCUUAGGUGAACUUCGUAGGGGGUUCAUUCCAAUUCCUGCUAUACAGGUGUCCGUGUCUCAAAAUUUCUUGUAAUCAUUGGUACCAUUAGCAGCCUCAGUAGGGGCCAAGGAGUUACGUGAGCCCCAGCAGCAUAAAACACCUUGGAGAGGGUAAAGUUGUUAUUGCACAAGUUGAAUUGCAUAUAUUGUGAGAUGACCCAGAAUAUUCCAUCUGCAGAACUAAUUGCUGGUAUCUUCCAUCGGCGGCAUUAGCUUAGUCACUGAGUCCUCACAGGUUUUGCUGCUUAGUUGCUGGAUGGUUGGGGAAGAUGAACUUUGCCCAGCAUGAUUCUUGGGUUCAUCCCGUUGGCUCCCCUGGUGGACAGAUAGAUACCCAGUGUUCUGCAUUCCACACAUAAGUGAAUUGCAAAAGUACUCGAUUCUCAUGUAGGUUUAUUUAUGUGCGCGUGUGAAUGUGUUUUAAUUAUGUGUAUUUAACUCUUUAGAAUCUCUUAGAUUUUAAUUUAUCCUGUAAAUUUCUGUAUAUAUAAUUUAAUAACAAAAGUCUCCACCAGCAACAGCAUGUGGAAGAUGCAGAUUUGUCAUUUUUCCCUCCGUCUUUCCUCUGGUCUCCUCUGAAAACUCCAAAUCAUCCACAUUUUAAGGUAUCGUGCCUCAAAAAGGAAUCAUUAUGUCGGGAUUCUAAUGCUUUAUUAUUCAAUAAUGUCAAGAAAGCAUAAUUAAAAGGAAUGUUACCAUUCGCAGCUGCCCAUUUUUCCAAAGAACUAGACUUUUGCUUCCCAGUUCCAAAGAAGACAGUUGAGCACUUCAGAGCUGUUUUUCAAUCUGGUGUGAGAUUCCCUGCCAAAACCAAGCUCCGGGGUAACUGUGCUUUUCUCCCCGGGCCUAGACGGAGCACGACAGCAUCAGAGUAGAUCUUUGAGGACCAGGCAGCCAGCCUGCGUCUAACUUACUCCCUUUUUCCUCUUCCCGCUGGUGUGGUCCCGGGGCUUUGUUUCCUGACUACUCUGGCUGCUGAUUGGCCCUCAGCUCAGAGCGGUUGUGAAGUUUAAUUGGGGAAACACAAGGAAAUGGGUAUGUUUGGGAACCAAAAUCAAGAAGAGCAGAAAUCUGGGUUUGAUUUUGUGUGAGACCCUGUGCCACGCCUCAUCUGUACCCAUGGAAGUUUCCUGUUUGACACAGGGUAUAUCAACGAGGGGCCUUGAAGACACGGAUUAGUACGGAAGAAGUCAAUCCUACCCUUGUCAUUUGUGCACAUUAAUGAAAUCCUGAUGAGGACCUACUUUUUGUUGGCUUGUUUUCCUUUAAACCCCAACCCUAUUGUAUUUGUAUUUAAAUUUGUACACAUUUGUAUAAUAGUCUGUACCUUGUGGAAUUUGGUACUACUAGAGGAAAAACUUUGGAUUCAGACCUUCUUGCAGUUUUUAUAUCAUUGUUUUAUUUUGUUUUUUAAAUUCUAGUGGUUUGAUCCAAAUCCCAUUACAGUUGUAUAAAGAAAUAAAAUUUUGUACUUAUAUUAUUAAAAAUCACAUUUUUAAUAUUUGUA